GUGAUGCAGAGUUCUGACAGCCUCGGCGAGCUCAAAGCUCUCAGGGGCUUGCAGCAUCGGAACAUCGUGCAGCUUCAUGAGGCUCGUGAGCACGAGGGGCAUGCAUACUUGGUGAUGGACCUUUGCAAAGGUGGUACUUUGAUGUCGUGGAUUGGUGACCGCUUCGAGAAGCACAUGGGGAAGGCGGUCUACAUGCACCCUUCCACGAAGCAAGUCGGCCGAAUCUUGUGGCAAGUUUUCGAUGCCAUACAGUACCUCCACAGCUGCAACAUCGUCCACCGUGAUGUCAAGCUUCCGAAUCUUCUAAUUGCCCAGGGUGGCUCGAACUUGCAGCUGAAGUUGGCGGACUUCAACUUGGCUACGGAGCUCCAAGGGGAGGUUUUGACGGCACGUUGUGGCACCCCCGGCUUCAUGGCACCAGAGGUGGUCGAGUGUCACUACACCGAGCUCUGCGACGUCUGGAGUGCCGGGGUUGUUUUCUACCAGGUUGUGACAGGAGAGCGACUCUGGAGGAAGGCUGACGCAGAGGCGCACUACGAGCAGCUUCUGGCCGAGACCCCCCUGAAACUGGAGAGCACUGCCGCUUGGAGCAACCACGGCAAGGGCGCGCUCGACCUGUGCCAAGAGCUACUUCGCUUGGAGUCGCAAGGGCGACCCACAGCCGCAGCCGCCAUGGAGAACCCCUGGCUGCAGAAGCAUGCGAAUUUUGCCGAACAAGGGUGCUGCGCGAUCAACUAG